AUGGAGCCCCCAGCGCCCUUCCUCGAUUCGGGAGGGGACGAACCGGCCGCGCCCGCCGCGCUCCCCAGCCUGGCACCUACCCCGGCUCCCCUUGCCCCCGUGGCACCGGUGUCAACGAUGCCACCGGCCUCCGGGGGUCCCUUGCGGGCUCCCCCGGCCGUGGCCGCCCUCCGCCCGGCUUCUCGCCACGGCAGCCAGCCUAACGUCAGCGGCGAGCCCGGUUGGGCGGCUCCGGGCCACUCGCCCAGCUCCAGCGGAGGCGGCGGCGGUGGCGGAGGAACGGCGGCGGCCAAGCACCGGCAAGCCAGCCCGUUGGCGCACCGGCGGGACAGCAACCCCUUCACCGAGAUCGCCAUGAGCUCGUGCAAGUACAGCGGCGGCGUCAUGAAGCCGCUCAGCCGGCUCAGCGCUUCCCGUCGGAACCUGCUCGACGCCACCGGUCCGGGUCCCGGGGCCGCCGGUUCAGGUCCGGAGCCUGGAGAGUCUCAACCUUUGCAACUCUUGGCGUCCGGGGCUCCCCCGCCGGAGAUCGUCAUCUCCCGGGAAGACAACCACUCCCCGGCGGGGCUCUUGCACCCCAACACGGGCGGGGGUGCCGGUCCCAAACCCCCGUCCUCCUCUUCCUCCGGCUCGGCUGCCUCCGCCGGGGCCCCCGGCCCGCCCGUCGCCCACAAGGCGCCCAAGCGCAAAACCCAGAACAUCGGCUACCGCCUGGGCCACCGGCGCGCCCUCUUCGAAAAGCGCAAGAGACUCAGCGACUACGCGCUCAUCUUCGGGAUGUUUGGCAUCGUGGUCAUGGUCAUCGAGACGGAGCUCUCCUGGGGCCUAUACUCCAAGGGUUCCAUGUUCUCUCUGGCCUUGAAGUGUCUCAUCAGCCUCUCCACCGCCAUUUUAUUGGGGCUGAUCAUUGCGUAUCACACUCGGGAAGUCCAGCUCUUCGUGAUCGACAACGGGGCCGAUGACUGGCGGAUUGCCAUGACUUACGAACGCAUCUUGUACAUCACUUUGGAAAUGUUGGUUUGCGCCGUGCAUCCCAUUCCGGGCGAAUAUAAGUUUUUUUGGACCGCCCGGCUGGCUUUCUCGUACACGCCUUCCCGUGCCGAAGCCGACGUGGACAUCAUCCUCUCCAUCCCCAUGUUCCUCCGCCUCUAUCUCAUCGCCCGGGUGAUGCUCCUUCACAGCAAACUCUUCACCGACGCCUCGUCGCGCAGCAUCGGGGCGUUGAACAAGAUCAACUUCAACACCCGUUUCGUCAUGAAAACGCUCAUGACCAUCUGCCCCGGCACGGUGCUUCUGGUCUUCAGCAUCUCCCUCUGGAUUAUCGCCGCCUGGACCGUACGGGUUUGCGAGAGCAACCUGACUUCCUUCGGUAGGUACCACGACCAACAGGAUGUGACCAGCAACUUUCUGGGUGCCAUGUGGCUGAUUUCCAUCACCUUCCUCUCUAUCGGGUAUGGCGACAUGGUCCCGCAUACCUACUGUGGGAAAGGCGUUUGUCUGCUCACGGGCAUCAUGGGAGCUGGUUGCACCGCCCUGGUGGUGGCCGUGGUCGCCCGGAAGCUAGAACUCACCAAGGCUGAGAAACACGUCCACAACUUCAUGAUGGACACACAACUCACCAAAAGGAUCAAGAACGCCGCGGCCAACGUCCUUCGGGAAACUUGGCUUAUCUACAAACACACCAAGUUGUUGAAAAAGAUUGACCACGGCAGAAUCCGGAAGCACCAGAGAAAAUUCCUCCAAGCCAUCCACCAGUUAAGGAAUGUGAAGAUGGAACAAAGGAAGCUGAACGACCAAGCCAACACGUUGGUUGAUCUUUCCAAGAUGCAAAACGUCAUGUACGACCUCAUCACGGAGCUGAACGACCGCAGCGAGGACCUGGAGAAGCAGCUGGGGGGCCUGGAGACCAAGCUGGAGCAACUGGCGGCCAACUUCAGCGCGCUGCCCCUCUUGAUCACGGACGCUUUGCGCCAACAGCAGCAGCAGCUCCUGGCCGCCCUGGUGGAGAGCCGGGGGGUGAGCUUGGGGGCCGUGGUGGGGGCCCCCCAGACCCCCCUCUCCGACAGCCCCCUGGGGGUCAGUUCCACCUCCUUCCCCACCCCGUACACCAGCUCCAGCAGCUGCUGA